AUGAACAACUCCUCGGAGGUUUCCAUCCCUCCAAGACCAGGAAAGUGGGGAGAUUACAAGGGUUGUCGGCCAAACUACGAUAAGACCUUGUUGAAGGAUCCAGAAACAGUGAAGACGAGGGUGGAGGAUUACGCGUUCGAACGUCUUGGAUUCACACACGUUUGUCAGAACCGAACAAGAAAGAUAUUAGACCUCCCUAGUGUCGAUCGAGCGUGGAAGAUAGGGAAGGUUGAGAAGGUGAGAAACCGAGAGGGGGAUUCGGAGGAUAGCAUGUCAGCUGAUAUCCUACCACCCUGGUGCCUGUGCACAUGUGAGGGUAUCAUGAAAGGGGAAAAGGAAAAGGAACGAAAAAGGUUUAUGCGGGAAGGUUUAAGCGUCCCCGGAAGUGGCUCCGGCGAGACCGGGAAGAUUCCUACGGGGGUGUCAGAAGCGUAA